GUGUGUUAUCUCCUCUAGGUUCUGACUCCAGGAGGAGAUGUCCCCGUCCUCUGUAUUCCCAGGACUGUCCAGAGGAGAAGCUCCCAGAGAACCAUCAGAUGACAAAUCAGGGGGAAGAUCUGACUGAUAUUAAAGUGGAGGAUACAGAAGAGCGGAUGAUGGGAGAUCCCCUGUGUAAGAGUGAGGUGGAGGAGGACAUUCCAGGAGAUGUGACCACAGAAAAUCCCUGUGAGAAGCUUGAAGGAAACAUCAUGUUAUCUCUAGAUUAUAAAGAAGAUGAAGAUACCAUGCAGCGCUCUUCAGGAGAAAACUUCAUUACCUGUAAUGUACAUCCAGGACUUCACAGUGCAGAGUCAGCAAAUAAUUCCCCCAAGAAUGAGGAACUUUCUAAUGACCAAUCACAGAUUUUCCCAAGUCCAAAUCUAUCAUAUAAUCAUCCUAAACAUGAGGAAUCUUCUCCUGACCAAUCACAGAUUAUUACUCCAAAUAUAAGGCAGAAACGGGGUAAAAGGUUUAAUUGUGAGGAACAUGGAAAACAGUUCAGAUAUAAGUUAGAGCUUUCUAUACACAGAAGUCACACAGGAGACAAGCCAUAUUCAUGUUCAGAAUGUGGGAAAUGUUUUCCAUAUAAAUCACUGCUUUUAAGACAUGAGAAAAUUCACACAGGAGAGAAGCCGUAUUCAUGUUCAGAAUGUGGGAAAUGUUUUAACAAGAAGUCAAGUCUUGAUCAACACAAAAGACUUCACACAGGAGAGAAGCCAUAUUCUUGUUCAGAAUGUGAAAAAUGCUUUAACCAAAAAUCAAGCCUUGACCAACAUAAGAGAAUCCACACAGGAGAGAAGCCAUAUUCUUGUUCGGAGUGUAGGAAAUGUUUUACCAAGAAAUCAUAUCUUGAUAAUCAUAAAAGAAUUCACACAGGAGAGAAGCCAUAUUCAUGUUCAGAAUGUGGGAAGUGUGUUACCAAUAAAUCAAGUCUUGAACAACAUAAGAGAAUUCACACAGGAGAGAAGCCCUAUUCAUGUUCAGAAUGUGGGAAAUGUUUUAACAAGAAGUCAAGUUUUGAUCAACACAAAAGACUUCACACAGGAGAGAAGCCAUAUUCUUGUUCAGAAUGUGAGAAAUGCUUUAACCAGAAAUCAAGCCUUGAUCAACAUAAGAGAAUCCACACAGGAGAGAAGCCCUAUUCAUGUUCAGAAUGUGGAAAAUGUUUUAACAAUAAGUCAAGUUUUGAUCAACACAAAAGACUUCACACAGGAGAGAAGCCAUAUUCUUGUUCAGAAUGUGAGAAAUGCUUUAACCAGAAAUCAAGCCUUGAUCAACAUAAGAGAAUACACACAGGAGAGAAGCCAUUUUCAUGUUCAGAAUGUGGAAAAUGUUUCACAGAAAAAAAAAGUCUUACUAUACAUCAACGAAUUCAUACAGGAGAAAAACCAUUUUCAUGUUCAGAAUGUGGUAAAUGCUUUAUCAGGAAAUCAAAUCUUAAUAAACAUAAGAUAAUUCAUACAAGAGACAAGCUAUAUUCAUGUUUAGAGUGUGGUAAAUGUUUUGCAGAUAAUUCAUAUCUGGUUGCACAUCAGAGAAUUCACACAGGGGAAAAGCCAUAUUCAUGUUCAGAAUGUGGGAAAUGUUUUAACCACAAAUCAAGUCUUAAUCAACACAAAAGAAUUCACACAGGAGAAAAGCCUUAUUCAUGUUCAGAAUGUGGAAAAUGUUUCACAGAAAAAAAAAGUCUUACUAUACAUCAACGAAAUCACACAGGAGAAAAACCAUUUUCAUGUUCAGAAUGUGGGAAAUGUUUCACAGAAAAACGAAGUCUUACUAUACAUCAACGAAUUCACACAGGAGAAAAAACAUUUUCAUGUUCAGAAUGUGGGAAAUGCUUUAACCAGAAAUCAAACCUUGAUCAACAUAAUAGAAUCCACACAGGAGAGAAGCCGUAUUCAUGUUCAGAAUGUGGGAAAUGUUUUGGACAUAAAUCAGACAUUUUAAAACAUGAGAGAAGUCACACAGGAGUGAAGCCGUAUUCAUGUUUGGAGUGUAGGAAAUGUUUUAUUAAGAAAUCACAUCUUGAUCACCAUAAAAGAAUUCACACAGGAGAGAAGCCAUAUUCAUGUUCAGAAUGUGGGAAAUACUUUAACCACAAAUCAAGCCUUGAUCUACAUAAAAAAAUUCACACAGGAGAGAAGCCAUAUUCAUGUUCAGAAUGUGGGAAAUGUUUCAUAGAAAAAAGAUGUCUUACUACACAUCUGAGAAUUCACACAGGAGAGAGACCAUUUUUAUGUUCAGAAUGUGGGAAAUGCUUUGUUAGGAAAUCAAAUCUUCAUCAGCAUAAGAGAAUUCACACAGGAGAGAAGCCAUAUUCAUGUUCAGAGUGUGGUAAAUGUUUUACAGAUAAAUCAUAUCUGGUUGCACAUCAGAGAAUUCACACAGGAGAAAAACCAUAUUCAUGUUCAGAAUGUGGGAGAUGCUUUAAUCAGAAAUCAAGCCUUGUUCAACAUAAAAGAAUUCACACAGGAGAGAAGCCAUAUUCAUGUUCAGAAUGUGGGAAAAGUUUCACAGAUAAAAGAAGUCUUACUACACAUCAGAGAAGUCACACAGGAGAGAAACCAUUUUCAUGUUCAGAAUGUGGGAACUGCUUUGCCAAGAAAUUAAGUCUUGAUCUACAUAAGAGAAUCCACAGAGGGGAGAAGACAUGUUGA